AUGCAAAGAGCAUGCUUCUCAAAUUUGACAAAUAGAGGAAUUUUUAAGUUCAGCUAUAUCCAAUUUAUACUUUUAAGUGUUCUAUCUCAAUAUCUUUUAAGGCUAGUCAGUGCUGACUUCAACUAUGAAGGCUGCUAUAAUGCAGAGGAUGUUCAGUCUGCUGGACUAUCUCUCAAAAACUCAUAUCUAUAUCAAUCAGUGUCCUACUGUCAAAAUCAAUGUCCUGAUUCUGCUGUAGUGGCACUGUUUGAUGGAUCAGACUGUUAUUGCGGAGAUUCUGUAACUGUCUUAAGUUCUCUAACAAAAUCUACAGAUUCAAAUUGUGAAACUAAAUGUUCUGGAUGGCCAUACCAAAUGUGUGGCGGUUCAUCCUAUAUGAACGUUUAUGUCAAUGCUAAAGUUUCUGUUUCCUCCGUUGAAUCUUCAUCUACUACAGAAGCGUCCACCAUCCCCUAUAUAACCUCAACGACUCGCUCGAGCACGUCUAAAGUCACAUCUUCAGCCACUGAAAGAUCAUCGUCAAAUGCAAAGAGUUCUACGACAUACAGGCAAACGACAAGCUUUACUACAACAUCUUCCACGCCUAUUACAACAAUUUCCACCUCUUCCUCUGUACCAACCACAACCACCUCUACCUCUUCUUCUAUACCGCCCACUACUUCUUCUGCUUCUUCUUUUACCUCUUCUUCUGCACCACUCACAACUUCUAUCACCUCCUCAUCCACCUCCUCUUCUGAAUCCACCACAAUAUCAUCGUCGACCGAGAGCACUUCAUCGAGUAGUAGUAUUACUUUCCCCUCUUCCACUUCGAUGUCAAGUUCUUCGUCUAGCAGUACAUCAUCAGCUCCAAAAACGACCACGAGCGCAUCAUCGGGAGUAUCAAUAAUAACCUCGCUCGAACUAAUAACGAGUAUGGUUACAAAUACCAUUGUGAGUACUUCUGGCGAACACCAAGAAACGAUAUUUGUUACGACUACCUCUGUAAUCGAAAGGACGUCUGCAGUAGCUACGGCAGACUCUUCAAUUAACAAAUCCAAUUCGAACCACAAAAAGGGCCUAAGCGGUGGAGCAAUCGCUGGUGUUGUCAUCGGUGUAGUGUUUGGUGUGAUUUUUACUAUAGCGAUUCUGCUUUUCUUAGUAUGGAGAAGACGUAAAUCGGAUGAUCCGUUAGACCUGGAAGAAACAAAACAUCAUCAGCCUUAUUCAUUUGGCGACGAAGAUGCCAAUCCAGUAAGACUUCUUCCGUCAUCUGGUACAACUAAUUGGAUGAGACAUACGAGGCGUGAUACUUCAGGUUCUAUCGGCACGAGCAAUAUGUAUGGUUUAUCCAUGAAUAACGGUGGGAAUUAUAGUAGUCCCAGUUCAAAUAAUAGUGGAAGUGUCCUGAAUAACUUAGCUGGAUUGCAAGACGGAGCCAUUCAGAGGCAAAAUCUUCCGUCAACAGUUUUCGAAGAGACAAAUACACUGAAUAGUGUAAAUGAAAGGUUUAGUGCCAACUCAUUACCUGAUAUGAUGAUGAGCGGGCCUUUACAAGUGGUGAAUCCAGAUAAUCCUGAAUUGACUAGUACCGCAUCACAUAAUCGAGCGUAG